GGCCUGGAGGGUCGGGGCGCCUGCGCAGUCGCUCCUCCUUAGGCGGCAGCCAUGGCGGGUCAAGAGGAUCCGGUGCAGCGGGAGAUUCACCAGGACUGGGCGAACCGGGAGUACAUUGAGGUCAUCACCAGCAGCAUCAAGAAAAUCGCGGACUUUCUCAACUCGUUCGAUAUGUCUUGUCGUUCAAGACUUGCAACACUAAACGAGAAAUUGACAGCCCUCGAACGGAGAAUAGAGUACAUUGAAGCACGGGUGACAAAAGGUGAGACCCUCACCUAGAACUGUGCCAUGCUGCUGCUGGGAAGUUGCUUUACAGAACACAGGCCUACGUGGGAAAGGCCCCAGCAGCCUCAGCUCCUUCCUCUCUCCUUAAAGAGCAACAGGGCUUAUUCUUGUUUUUCUUUUUUCAAAAGCGUGGCCUUUGGGCUCUGCCAUGUACAUCGGUGUGUGAUGUGGCAUGUGGGAAGAAGUCCAGGGGAACUCUCAGAAACAACAUUAGGCAUUUUACCUUUUAAGUAACAUUUUGUAGAACUGUUUGUCAACGUAUUUGAGGCGUGCAGAGCCAGACGCCUGGGACUCUUUGUUAAGGUCCUCCCCACCUCAUUUUCUCUCUCUCUCUGUCUCUCUCUCUCUCUCUCUCUCUCACACACACACACAACACAUACACACACACUUUCCUUACAGCUCUCAUUGCCUCUGCAUUGGUUCUAUAAACAGUCUUUGUCUCCUUUCCACCUUUGGUGGGGGGGUGGGAGGCAGUCCUGUCUGAGACACUUAUGCCCCGGCAAGGUGGCCACAAGAGAAUGUUGUUGGUAACCCACCAGUUUCUUGUCCUUUUGGGGAGGUCAAGGCCAGGCCCCCACUUGGCUUGAAGGGACAUUUUCAGAAUUUUCUUUCUGUCACUUGGGGUGUCUUUGCCUCUCAUAUUUCCCUAAUAAACUCCUCAACUUUA